AUGGUUAAUUUGGACGAAUUAUUAGUUGGAAAAGAUCCGGAAAGAACUUGUACUUAUACGUCGGUGACAACAGCAGAAGCAGCAUUUACAAAUACUCCCAUCAAUAAGUUAAACGUAGAGUGUUUAGAAAAAAUCUUGAAGAACUUUACAAAUGAAUCCACAACAUUAUAUCAAUGUAUUUUAGUCAAUAGGUUAUGGUGUCACGUUGCAAUUCCUUUACUUUGGAGUAAUCCCUUUGAAUAUUUAAAAGUUCAAAAAUAUGAUCAUGGAUGGCAACUUAUAAGAACGUAUUUAAAUUGCCUUCCUGAUAAUGAGAAGCACAUUGUAAAUAAGUGGAUUCUUCCCUCGGAUUUACAAAAAACCUUAUUCGAUUAUCCGACUUUCCUAAAAUGUCUUGACACUUUUGGAUUCCAAGAGGCCAUGACAAAAUGGAAAAGGUAUCAUUGGAAGACAGUUUGGGAAAGACUUGGGCAUUUUGAUUUGGAUAAGGCGAUUGGAGAUAUUUUGUUCAGAAGAUGUAAUGGAUUAGAUAGCCUUUGUAUCAUCUUCUUUUCUUAUACACAAAAUAUAGCGUACUUUGAAGAACCUUCGAAUGCUUUAAAGAGACUACAAACUUGCAAAAUCAUUCAUGAUUUACAGGGAAGGUACUAUAAUUACGUUGAAAAUCGAGAACAAGUUACUUUGGUUGAAAAUUUUGCCGUGAUAACAAAAUAUGCUCAUAAUAUAAAAUAUUUAGAAAUCAUUUUACCAGUAAAUCGUACGAGAGAGACUGGUUAUCAAUUGGUGAAAUUAUUAAAAAUUCAACGUAAUCUUGAAGAAUUCGUUGUUAGAGAAUUUUGGAAUCCAGCUGAUACUUAUGCGAUAUACGACUCGCUAGUAGGUCAAAGUCAACAUCUGAGAUCACUUUCCUUUAUUCGUCUCACACAUUUUCACGAAAAAUUAGCGAUACUUUUAAAUUCUUGCCCAAAUUUAGAAAUCCUAAGAUUCUUAGAACCUGACGUUCGAUAUUAUUCUAAAAUCCCUCCUUUGAAUUGUAGGUUAAAAAAUUUUUGCGUUUGGGGUAAACCAAUGAUAUCUCAAUUCGUAGUGAUACCUGAUAUAAGUUUUAGACUUGAUAUAAUAAGGUCAAUUAUCGAAUCAAGUGCUUCAACUUUGAAGAAAUUAGCUUUAGGUACCUUCACCGAAGAAUUAUGCUUAGCGGUCAUUCAAUGCUUGAAUUUAAAUUCUUUAAUUAUUCAAGCAAAGGAAGAUAUUUCGGGCAUUUUACCUGAAUACCUUUCAAAAUCAGGUUUACAACAAUUAACGCUCUUUGGUAGGCACGAACAUUAUUUUAAUCGAGACACGAUAUUAGAAUUUUCAGAAUCUCUACCAAAAUGUUUAUUUCAGCUCGACCUUUUACUUGAAAUCCUGCCAAAGGAUUUGGAAUUUUUAUUCUUACAUUGUGAAUCCCCACUUAAAAAAAUUUCUCUAUAUCAUCAACAAAAUAUCCUUGAACAAAAUAUUCCCGAAUUCCUAACGAAUUAUAUUGAUCACCUUGAGCAUUUCAUUGAAUUAAGAUACCUUAUAGAUAAUAAGGUAUUAGGAGAAGUUUAUUUAGAACCUAUCUUGGAGGCUUUAACGGUUAUACCAAGAAUCAAAAUCGUUUUGGGCAAGAGACAUUUUUAUCCUUAUUAUUUCCAAGAUACUGGUUACUUUUAA